AAAGAUUCGUUAUUUUCUAAUGUACUCUCCGAGCAGCUAGCGCCCACUCGCCGAAAAAGACCCGCUCGACACACGGGUGAACGCGAACCGGGUGACGAGCGCUUCUACAAGGACUACCAGCCCACGUACAACGAGUUGGUUUUGGAGGUCAAGCUGAAGUUACAUCGUGAAGCUGGACACGGACUGGGAGGAGUGACGAGACCGAGCGGCUGCCGGGCUUCCCACUUCCUAAAGUCGAAAAUCAAGUGCCCGACCGGGCGGAGGCGUUCUGAGACCGACGAAGAGUCAACGUCUGAAGAAGAUGAGGAUGACGACGAGGAGGAUGAGGAUGAGGACGAGGAUGAGGAGCAGACCGACGAAGACGAAGAGGAGUCAGAAGAAGAUGCCGGCGCCGCAGUCCCCGACCCGAGCCCGAAGCGA